AGGAUUCAUUGGACUGAUGCAAUGGAUGAAGCUUUCCUCACAGCCUACGUCAGUUUUCGGGAAAAUAACAUUUGGGACAACAGGAAGUCGCUAGAGACCAACUACGACAUGUUGGCAGCCCAUUUGGCGAGCAAUCACAUACUGACUGUGACUGGCCAGCAAUUGCAGACCAGAUUCUAUUACAUCAAGAAGAAAUGGGACCUGUUCUGCAAUCUGCGUGGGAUUUCAUCAAAGACAGAGACCGGGGUUGGGUGGAGUGAGGACAGCUACUGUUUCACUGCUGAUGAUGAACAUUGGGCCAACUUGGAGCAGACCAAUGCCUCGUACGUUGACUUCAAAAAAGAGAAUUCAUGCUACUGGUACGAUCGGUUGACACCUCUACUGCUUGGAAGACAUGCCACAGGCAGCCGUGCCCAGUCUGCAAGCGAGGUCGUUCAUUUGGAACCGCCUCGCCGAGAACGGAUCAACUCUGCUAGUAAAAGUCGAAAGGGAAAAGGUAAAGCCUCUAGCUCGAGGGUGCCUACUCCGGUGAACGUACCAGCAGUUGAGGAUGACGACGACGUCUACUAUGUUCCCCCAGUUCCUGGUGCAGUUGGACAAAAACGGUCAGCCUCAAGCCUAGGAACCAGUGGUGAACCUGAAGGGAGUAGAGGUUCAAAAUCGACACGGUCAUCUACUGGUCUUGAGGAUGCUCUAAGCAAGAUCGGGAAUUACACCGACUUCGUUCUUGAGGACAGACGGAGUAGGUCGGAGUACGACUCCCUCCACGGCAUAAUGCAGUGCCAGGAUGUGAUCACCUCAAUGGAUAUUCCGGACGAGUGGAGACUUGAAGCAUGUGAUCACUAUGCCAAAUAUGAGAACGAGGGUGCAAGGAUUAUUUUUAUUAGAGCUUCUGCAGCCGAUCGCUACGGCUACAUCCUGAAGUUGAUGAAGGCGAAAGGCUUGGCCUAAGAACACUUUCUGUGGCAUGCCACUUAUGUGGAAUGUUUGUACUAUUAAAGUAUUUACUGUCCUGUUUUCAGUUUUAAAAAAACUUCAGAAUGGGUAAGGAAAAGGUUCAUAUCAACAUUGUGGUCAUUGGUCACGUCGACUCUGGAAAGUCGACCACUACCGGUCACUUCAUCUACAAGCUUGGAGGAAUUGACAAGCGUGUGAUGCAGAGGUUUGAGAAAGAAGCUGCUGAAAUGAACAAGAGGUCAUUCAAGUAUGCUUGGGUGCUUGACAAGCUCAAGGCUGAGCGUGAACGUGGUAUCACCAUUGAUAUUGCCUUGUGGAAGUUUGAG